AUGCUGUUUAAUUUGUCAACAGUGAAAAAAGCAUUUGACAACGCAGCUGAUGGGAAACACUACUUGACAAGUGACGAUUCAGAAAUUUGCUUAAUCGAACUUUUCGGACAACGCCCCUCACAGCGUCUCAUGAAUCACCUAAGCGACAACUUUGACGUUUCAGUUAACGGAAAUCCAGUGGGAAUUUCACUGCCCAAAUUAAUUUCAUUUGUCAAAAACGACCUAUGCUGUCCGUUGGAUAAGAAAGAGGGUCCAACGAGACAGGAAUUGCUCGCGCUGUUUCAAGCCCUAGACAGUAGAGGCUACAACUUCGUCACAAUGAAGGAUUUUCUUUCACGAGCAAAUAGCAGACUUCUGAGAGGCAGCCUUCGCAUGGCCUUCAAGGUAUUUGACAUCGACGGAGAUGGAAGGGUCUCCUACCGUGAUUUUGUGGAGGGAAUAGUGUCUGGAGAGAUGGUUAAUUUGUAA